AGCGAAUGUAUAUUGGAUCUCUUGGUUGUGAAACGGCGUGAACGUCCAUCAAAUAAGCGUAUCAAGUUAUUAGCAGAAAAUAAUUCACAUGACAGCACUAAAACUAACACUAGUGCAAUUAAUCCAGGCGAUCCUAAUUUAUAUAUCCGCAACACAUCAAAAACUACUGUACAGCAAAUACAAAAUUUACAGUAUUUAUCUGGAUUAAUAACAAGAACUCCAUUUAGUACACUUAACAACAAUUCGAAUAAUCAAACAUUUAAUAGUUCUACCAGAACAAUUCAAAGCACAAAUGAAAAUGUAGCUAAACAAAAGUAUAUAUGUAAAGCAUGUAGAAAUCCUGGUCAUAAUUCUCGAAAGUGUAUUGGUAAUAAGUAG